AUGCAACUGAAGCCUGACACAAUCGACCAGACUUUUACGGCUGCAUCACCCGUACUCACUGCAAUCGAUGUAGCUGGAGAGAUUGUCGGAUACGUGCCAGACAUGUCAUUCGGUGUCCAAACGGGCGUCUCAGCAGGUCUUUCCUCUUCGGCUCAGAUAAGUCAAGGCCUACUGAGUUAUACAAGAGAGAAAAAGUUCGUCAAGAAGAUGAACAAGGAAUUGUUCAAUCCCCGUAAUCUGAAGGUGGAAGUGGUCAGCGCGAAGAAACUGAGAGUGAGGCUAGGCCUGGCCCCUGACGCUCCGCUGUCCUUGUCACCGGCCGAGACGGAGGGUAUGAGUCUGUACGAGCGCCACAUGGCUGCAAUCACAACCUUGGUCGCGCCGCUCUCCUUUGAGGUGCCAUCUCCUCUGCCUGCGGUGAAGCGGAUUGAUAGAAUGAACGCGUGGGUACAAGCCCGAGCGAUGGCGAAGCACGAGGAAAAGGCCCGCAAGGCCGAAGAGGAAUUCCGAGAGGCAAAGCAGGAGUUUGAAGCUAGGCGCGAACGGAAAGACAAGAAGCUGGCCGAUAGUAUCGCUGCCCUCGAAGAAAAACGGGCGAGAAAGAGGGCCAAGCAUGAGGCAAGGCGUGACGAGGCGGCAAAGCUGGAAGACGAAGAAAGAACCGAAAGGUUGAGACGAAUCGAGGAUGACUUGCGAGAUGAUAUGGAUUCGAUCGACAAAGAGAUACGCGAACUGAGGGAGGCGCACGAUGAGCGCACUCGAGAGAUGGAAGAGGAAAAGACCGGAUUGUACGAAGACCAGGUCUACAAUGCGACCAAGACUUACUGGAUUUUGGUGGAGAAUCUGUAG